UGUGUUGAUCCGUGAUUUGGAAAGACAGCGGAGAGGGAUGCUCUUCUUCUCGGCUGCAACAACUGACGAAACAUUCGCCGGAUCAACCGGAAUCCACAUCCGUUGCGAUUGGUGAGAAACAUAACAAUCCAGCUCCAUACACCUUCGAAUAACAUCGACAUCAUCGAAAAGCUGCGAGAGAACAAGAGCGAGCCCAAAAAGGCGGGAAGAGAAACUGGGAACCGAAACUCGCUGGAACAUCGCCAACAAUCCGCACGCUCCAAACCAUAUCGUAGUAAAGCAGUUCCUCGGCGCUGUCGUUCCCGUGAUUAGUUCGUGGAAGCAUGUCGACCCCUCUCAACUUCAAGGGCGAGCUAUCCUCGAAUGGCGGUGGAUCCUACGGGACGCAUUCGGGAAGCACGGGCAACAACACAACGCGACAGAGGCGGAACCCGGCGGACUACGGUCCCUUUAGCAGCCCGCACGCCAGCUUUGACGACCCGGCUUCCUUUCCGCCAUACGCAGAACUCCCAUUUACGUCUCUAAAACGGAGGCGGCAGCUGCAGGAAAACAAUUCGUUUGCGCGGUGGGUGAUGAAGGGUGUCCUUUUGUCUCCCUGCGCCGUUUUGGUGCUUUGGGGCGUAGCAGCCGUCCUGUUUGCGGGCACGCACCACAAGGCGGGACACGAUAGCAACGGCAGCAGCGGCCAUAGAAAUGGCAGCGCUCGGCAGCACUCCCGGAGUGGCAGGCGGAUGCUGCCAAACCUAUUUGGAAACGGGCAGCCUUCCCAGCAGUUGUACAUGGCAGGGAAUCCUCCGCUUCAGGACCAACAGGGAAACCUCAUUUACAACGUGAACGGGAACGCGAUGAUGAUGGCGCCCCCGCAGCUCCAGCAACAAGUCGUCCAGGGAAUCUCCCCGGUAUCGGGUGGUUAUCCACAACAGCAGCAGUUCCAACAGCCCCAGAUAGUUUCUAUGCAACAGCAGGGCAACGCCCUACCGGUGGUUCCUCCGCUCGGGAACGGGAUGAACGCCAAUGGCGUUCCGGCGAACAGCCUUGCGCAGGGACAAACAAGUAUGGUGCAGCAGCAGCAGCAGUUUCUGGGAAUGCAGCAACUUUCGGGCGCGGCGCAGCCCCAGCAAGUCUUGAUGGCCACCGACCAAGGCCUGGCGGCACCCGUACAAACGUCAAGCCUCGUUCAACAGCAGCAGCAGGGUUUGGGUCCGCCCGGUGCCGUGGCGCUGCAGCAGGCGAUGGCAAGCACGGGUGACAUUCCACAAGGUAUGGAUCAAAACAUGAACAUUGUCCAGGCUGCCGCUCCUGCCAUGCAGCAACAGCAGACUUCGAAUCAAUCCGGCAACCAGAACGUCAUCCAGACACCUAGUGCGAUGCAGUUGGCCUCUGGUUCGUCGAACGCAGCAAGCGAUCAAUUGCAGGCCUCCCCAUCGAAACAAGCGGUUUACUUUUAUGAUCCAAAGGACACGGCGAUGUCACAGACCGGUGAGAUGAUCCAAAUGCCGACUAUAGUUUACGACACAAACGGCAGGGCUAUCCCAGUUUCGGAACUCCAGCACCAGGCUCCAAUCUAUGUUCAGCCACCUGCCAGAGGAGCCUCUUUGACCGAUGCUACCAGCAGCGAUGCAGCCGGAAGCGGUGGGAUCGGCGGUCAAACCGAACUGGUGUCGCCGUCCACACGCGGAGCUUCUCUGGUGUCUCCAUCCUCCCGGGAGGCCUCUAUCUCGAUGCCGAAAUCCUGGGGGGCCUCGACCUCCCAGGACCAGACCAUUAUCGUUGCUACCGUGGCGGUCAUGGCCCUGCUGGUUGGGGCACUCAGUGCUCGUCGGUUGCGUUCCAAGAGUUUCUUGUCGGCGUGCAUCGAAAACGAGGCGCUCGAAGACGACGUUGCGUACGACGAUGCCUAUACAACCACCGCAGCGGCGUCGGGAGCCAUGGGGAACGAUUCGUCCUAUAACACGUUUGGGGGCUGGAAGGGGGACUUGGAAAAAUUCGAUGUGUAGCGUCUCGGAGCUGCGACCCGACCGGACCGGAUGGAUCGGAACGGAUCCGGUUGCGUUGUGUAUUAGUACUAUUUAUUGCUAGGCUAUGAUAUUCUUCUGUACUAGAUUGGGAAUGUGCCGCUCCGAUUUCUCUGGUCGGUUUGUUGGGAAAGGGUUGGUAUUGUGUUGGAACGGAUCUCUCGAGGAAGGUGCGACCGUAGCGGGCUGCGGUUCGCGAACACAAAGCAACACGCGACGGGUGCCGGUCGGAACGGAACACGAUAUAGAUAUGCUCCGACCGCUGCCUCCACAAACGAACCAGCGCGGUGUCGGUUUGCGGUGGCCGGGAACCCGUUGGGUGCAACUCUUUACGCUAGAACAAUUUUAAUUUUGUAACGAAUUCGUUUCACUAUGACCGCCGAACGAAGGGGUUGUCUGCAGUGCUGCGGAGCAGCGUGGUGUUUUUGUGCCUGAAUCGAUGUUAGAUCU